AUGCUCGCUUCUCGCUGGGCCGCCGCAUCUGAGCAGCAGAACUCAGCCGCAUCGCCGCCGCCACCACCGCCGCAAACGCAAUCCCCGCCCGCGAAGGCCGACGACAGCGCAUUACCCACGUCCGCGCACCAAGAGACCUCCUCCACGAACGGCGACAACAAUGUUUCCACCACCGCGCCGCCGCAAACGGUCGACGUCACCACCGCCACGCCGGACACGGGCUUGUACAGCCCCGACCCCAUGAUCGACGAGUUCGCGCAGACGCGCGAGGACGACGACCUCUUCGAUGACGACUUCACUCCCGUCGCCGGCGAGCCUGUCGUCGAGGUCAUCGUGCCCGCCGACCACCACCAUAGCGACGAGGACGACCCGGUGGGGCUGCCGCCGCAACAACCUGCUGCUGCGGCUGCUGACGAGCCUGCUGCGGCGCUGCCGCAUGAUGACGAUGCGGUGGCGCCUGAGGUUGUCGCGGCUGCUAUUGCGGCGGUGGUCGAGCAGCAGCAGCAGCAGCCGGUGUCGGCGCCGGCGCCGGCGCCGGCGCAGAAGGCGCAGCAGGGGGGCGCGCAGCCGCAGCAGCAGCAACAGGCGCGGGCACAACAACAUCAGCAGGGCGGUGGAAGGGGUAAUGCGAGGGGUGGGCGCGGCGGUGGUGGUGGUGGACGUGGCGGUGGGCACAGGAACAGAGGCGGGUUGCUGGGCGCAUCGCAGCAUGCGCCGGAUAGCAGGAAGUCUUCAGCGGCAUCGGCGGCGGCGGCGCAGCAGCAGCAGCAGCAGCAGCAGCAGCAGCAGCAACAGAAGGAGGCGAAUGGGGAGGCGGUGACGAAGAAUGAGGCUGAGGAUGGCGAUGCGGAGGCAGGGUUGGAGAAGCAGCCGCCGAAGGGGCCGAAGAAGGAGGGUUCUGUGCGAGGCGAUAGGAGUGCUACGGGCGGUAUCAGGAAGGCCAAGCUCACCGAAGAAGAGCUCGAAGAGCGCAUGUCGGCCAUCAAGCUCAAAAACGCAUCUCUGACGGCUGCACACGCUCGCGCCGAGGCCGACCAGGCGCGUUUUGAAGAACGCGAGGCCGAAGCCGCGGCGAAGGCGCGUGCCCGCCAGAAGCAGGAGCGCCAGAACCGCCAGCAGAUGAUGGGCGAGCGCGAGCGCAACCGCCAGCGCAAGCUCAACGCCGUCCAGGGCCGCGAGUGGGACGCUGACAAGGACGAAGGCUUCGGCGGCACGGGCGACCGCAGCGGUGGCCGCGGCGCCAGGCGUGGCGCGCACGGCGGCGUGACCGGUCUCUCCCCUGCCGCUGCUGCUGCCCGAUCCCCGUCGGCGAGGAGGGGCGGAGCGGAGGGCGAGGGCAGUGAGGGCGGGGCGGGAGGCUUCGCGGAUGACUGGGGUGACGCAUCCGCCACCGCUCCUUCAGGCGGCAGGGGUGGCGAGCGGCGCAGCCGUAGCAGGCGGGGCGGCGGAAGGAGGGGUGGCGGCGGCCGUGGCGGAGGUGGAGCUGGUGACCAGCAUCAUGGGGGACGCAAGGCCUCGUCAUCGUCUCACGCGCCGGGAGAUCAUCACCACCAUCAGAAACACCAGGGCCCGCCUCCCACGGCCGCGGACUUCCCCGAACUGCCGGGCUCGUCCUCGUCCAAUAACGUCCCCGCGGCAGCAGCAGCAGCGGGUGGAGACGAAACGGCCGCGGCCGCUGCCCCGCAGUUGUCCUUCCCCAAUGCUAGUAAGAAGACCAUGGCUGCGGCCGCGGCGGCCGCCGCCGAGCCCGUGGGCUCGGGUACUGCAACUAACGGCGCGGCUGGUGAGACCGGUGCCACUACUGCUGCUGAGAGCGACAAGGAUAGGCCUGAGCCGCCCAAGCGCGUGGAGAGCUUCGGUCUCAGCGCCGUACUGGGCCCGCAGACGGGCGAGAAGAAGUCGUGGGCUGAUCAGAUCGAUGACUGA